GGGAAAGAAGGAAGGAAGGAGGAAUGAAGGAAGGGAGGAGGAAAGAGGGAAAGAGGAAAGAAGGAAGGAAGGAAAGAAAGAAAGAAGGAAGGAAAGAAAGAAAGAAGGAAGGAAAGAGGGAAGGAAGGAAGGAAGGGGGAAAGAAGGAAGGAGAGAGGGAAUGAAGGAACGAAGGAAGGAAGAGGGAAAGAAGGAAAGAAGGAAAGAAAGAAAGAAAGAAAGAAAAGAAAGUCAACAGUCCUUCCACUUUAAUUGAGAAAUCGAACCCGCAAAUUAUGAAAUAUAUAACAUUAUAUGAAACAGAGACCGCAGUGCUACAAAACUUAGUGAGAUGUGCCUUUUGUCUCAUGUUAAUUUUGUGUAUAAAUUAUUUCCUUGAUAAGAUCGGGGCUAUUGUUGGCACCCAACCCGUUUCACCUAUUAAGAUUAUCAUCAUCCCCAAGAAACUCGGUCCACUUCUGAUAUGAUAAAUAAAUAAAUCCCCAAAUAUCCAUUAUUUACAUUGGACUCACCCUAUUAUUAUUACUUAUUAACCCGAUUAUUUACAUUGGAUGGCCCCUGGUGGCACAGCAGAUUAAACCGCUGAGCUGCUGAACUUGCUGACCGAAAGGUCGCUGGUUCGAAUCCAAGGAGUGGAGUGAGUUCCCGCUGUUAGCCCCAGCUUCUGCCAACCUAGCAGUUCGAAAACAUGCAAACGUGAGUAGAUCAAUAGGUACUGCUCUGGCGGGAAGGUAAUGGUGCUCCAUGCAGUCAUGCCAAUGGCCACAUGACCUUGGAGGUGUCUACGGACAACGCCGGCUCUUCGGCUUAGAAAUGGAGAUGAGCACCAACCCCCAGAGUCAGACAUGACUGGACUUACCGUCAGGGGAAAACUUUCACCUUUACUGACUGAGCCACUCAGGACCUGGAUAUUGGCCGUGCUGUUUUCCAACCAAUCAGGAGCUGGUACAGAUAUUUCAAAUAGUUGUCAAAUGAAAUAAAAAUGCUCUGUAUUUGCAGAUGCAAUAUUGUCAUGUCUCACAGUUGGUGGUGGUUGAUUUAGUGGCAUGCCAAGCAGGUGGUGGUGGUGGUGGUUAGUACGAGUAUAUUUAAUGCCUGACAGUGUGGUGAUCUAGUAUAAUUCUCAUUAGCUUGGUGAUGGGUAGUGGCUGCUGUGAAAUGUAUGGAAGAGAUUAAUCUCCUUCCUAGUUCUAAAAGUCAGGGUGAUCUGUAAGUAAGGAUUCACAGGCUAUAGUGGUUAUUGGGGGAGGCCUGCUGCAAUGGGAUGCAGCUGUGAUCAGCUGCAUAGAAGAGCUUAGCAAGAGACUGAUCUUUGGGAGAAAAGUAUUUGUAGUACUUAGCUGCCCCCCCCACCCUAAGGUUGUGUGGAUUGUGAUAUCCCGAACUCUUGUGAUGCACCUUAGUGAACCUUGGAUCUUGCUGAGCCUUGCACCUUGCGAAACAGACCCGUUUCCUGAGCUGCUCCUCAGAGGGAUUCCUGGUUUCCAGACCUUCUCGUGGCAACGUCCAGCUUGGAGCCCAUCUUCUUCUUGAAUUGUGGAGCCCAGGAUUAUUCCAGUUUAGUCAAAGACAACAAGUGUGUGCCCAUCUCGAAAGGAAGAGAGAAGGUUCCAGGUGGGAUCACAGGCGUCGUCAUGGCUCAUCGUUUUACGCCGGAGCAGCUGGUGGAAUACAAAGAGGCCUUCUCCUUGUUUGACAAAGACGGAGAUGGGGCCGUCACCACUGCCGAGCUUGGGAUCGUCCUGAGGUCCUUGGGCCACAACCCCACCGAGGUCCAGCUCCAGGCCAUUGUCCAAGACGUGGACGCCAACCACAGCGGCAAGGUGGACUUUAAUGAAUUCCUUGUCCUGGUGGCCAAGAAUACAAAGAGCUACGAAGAGGAGGAGGAGGAGAUCCGAGAGGCCUUCCGGGUCUUUGACAAGAACGGGAACGGCUACAUCACCGUGGGGGAGCUGCGGCACGUCAUGACCAACCUGGGCGAGAAGUUGACGGACGAAGAAGUGGACCAGAUGAUCAAGGACGCGGAUCUGGAUGGAGACGGGAAAGUGAACUACGAGGAGUUUGUUCAACCCUCGGAUCAAGUGACCAUGGCUUCCCAUUCGUUCUCAGAGGAGCAGAUCUCCGAGUUUAAGGAAGCCUUCCUGCUCUUCGACAAGGACGGGGACGGUGCCAUCACCACCCAAGAGCUGGGCACGGUCAUGCGCUCCCUUGGGCAAAACCCGACGGAAGCCGAGCUGCAGGACAUGAUCAGGAAGCUGGACACGGACGGGAAUGGCAUGGUGGACUUCCCCGAGUUCCUCAACCUCUUGGCCAGGCGGAUGAAGAACGCCGACAGCGAGGAGGAGAUCCGGAAGGCCUUCCAGGUGUUCGACCGGGACGGCAAUGGCUACGUCAGCGCGGCCGAGCUGAGGCACAUCAUGACCAAGCUGGGCGAGAAGCUGACCGACGAAGAAGUGGAGGACAUGAUCAAGGAGGCCGACGUGGACGGAGACGGGCAAGUCAACUACGAAGAGUUCGUCCGGAUCAUGUCCUGCAAGUAGAGACUUCUCCCAUGAAGUAUCCUAGAGAACAUACCCAAUCUCUUGCUUCCAUUAAUGUUAUGGUUAUGGUGGGCUAAUUGAAACAUCUAGGACUGGUGGAGAUGAGCCUUAGUUCAUCACUGGGAAGAAUGGGGACUUCAGGUAUCUGGUGUUCUUUGUUCCUCCUCUACCCAAAGCUUUAUCAUGGGACUUUCUAUAUCCUACACUAUGAUAUGGAGGAACUUGUUAUGGUAAUCUAUACUGGUGGUGGACAACGGUAGAUUGAAACUCUGGAAGAUAUUUAGUUGGAUAGCAGGACAUUACCAAGGGGUUCCUAUUAUCCAAAAACAGCUUAAUCAUAGCAAGUCAAAUAAAUCCUGCUAUGACUCGU